GCAAAAUAAUAUUAUUAUUCAGAUUCAGAAGAGCUCAGAUCCCAAACAAACCAAAUCCAUAGAGAAAAAGGAAAGAAAUCCAAGCCAAAUCCUCAAGAAAAACAAAGAAAUUCAUGGCGGGAAUCACCAUAGAAGAUGAAGAAGAAGAAGAAGGAGGAGAGGAAGGAGGAGCUCAAACACAGAAACAGAGAAAUUGCGAUUUCGUCCUGAGGCUAAUGAGCAAGAGAAGGACCUGGGUCUGUCUCUUCGCCGCCCUCUACGCCGUCCUCUUGUUCUCCUCGUGGAGCAUCAUCAGAUCUGUCCUAUCGUGGUACGAGGGAAGCUCGGCAGCUGCGGCCGCCCUAGGCGCUUCGGCGGCUGUGGGGGCGGUGGUGGGGGUGCUGGCGAUGGCAGCGGCGCUGACCGUGGCAGUGCCAGCCACUGUGAUGACGUGGAUAAGCGUCCUGGUGUUACUGGCGUGCUGCGGGAAGCGGCGGCGGGCGCUGGUGGCGGAGGCGAGGAAACUGACGGCGGAGAUUUGUGGGGUUGCGGCGAGAAUGUUGAUCAGGGAAGGAAAUGUCGUCGCCGCCGUUUGCGCUGUCUUGGGCUUCUUUGCACUCGUUCGGUGGGGGAGAGAAGAGGUUGCAUCUUCUACAUUAGCUCUGUAAAUUAAAUUGCAUCCAUGUUCUGGAGGCUUUUCUGGAAAGAGAUGAAUUUGAGGAAUUUUCUCAGCAUUUUCUGGGAAAAUUUUCUAAUUUCUCGGGUCUGUUUGUAGGAAUGUAAGUUCUUCCUCACUUGAGAAUUUUUUUUUUUUUUUUUUCAUCUCGAGUACAAUGUACAUCUUAAAAAUACGUAAGAACUAUUAAUACAUUUGUAGUGUAUCUUUAAUUUUUAAUUUUUUUUAGUUUUUGCUCU